AUGCCAAAUAUCGUCCACAUAACCCCAACGCCAAAAUUGUUUAACUCAUUGAUGAAGCUCGAGUUUUGGAUCUCUGAACUCAAGAACCACUACACUAGAUCACGAUCAAUAUUCGUGCUUGUUUGCCUUUAUGGGGCUGCUGGCAUUUCUGAGAUUCAAGAACCGUUCAUUCAAUCGCAAGCUUCGAAAGUAGAUGAUCUCAAUCGUAUUGAAUUACGAUCAUUAAAAUUUAGUUCUUUAUGUAUGCUCUUCAAAUCGGAUGAGACAUUGACCGCAGUCUGUAAAUGGAUUCUGAAGAAUGGUCUUAACCCUGAUAGCGUUGAUCGAGUAGCCACAGCCGAGUAUCUUCACUCUGCUACUGACAGUCAUCCAGGAAUGGUUGGAUUGAUCUUGGGUUGUUUUGAAAUGUUGAUUUCACAGAACAUCCAAAACCGUCGAAGAUGGUCGCCAGUCUUCUGUCAUGAGGUCCUUGUCGAGCGUGAUUUCCUACUGGAAUUUCUUACUCAAUGGGGCAGAGGUGUCUGGACAGUAGUAGGAGAGAAGCACUUAAAGAACUAUUUGGUACAUUCUCCAUCUUGCAGCCAUCUCAAAUAUUCGGAUGUUACAGAUGCAAUGCGUAAAGUAGCGAGACUACCCAAAGGCUUGACAGAGCCAGGAAUGAAUAACAUGGAUGCAUUAGCAUUUUGUUAUAAAAUGGGGUUCCUACACGCAGAGUACCUUACGCAUGGAAGUAGCGAAAUUACCUAUAUUUUUGCUUCUCCAAUACAUAGAAGGGAUGUGCAUUCACCCCGUUCUUUGCUUAUACUAAAGCCAGACAGGAUCGCAGAUCGACGUCUCAUUCCAGGUCCGCCACCAGGAAUCGGUUCAGAUACAAUCAUCCUUCAGCAAGCCUGUUUAAACGCCAUUGAAAGAUUCAGCCCAUCCGUUCUGCAUCAUCGCUCUCCCUCGUCAAAUACUGGUUGCCAGUCCGAUACUAAUUGGGGUAUUCCAGAAGCAGCGUUCCAGGAUGAGAUGUAUUGUUGCCUUAACCAGGAGCUUUAUAAUCUACCGAUCUUGUCAGAAUAUGCUGAAGCAAAGGAUGGAAGAAUCGAUUUCUUUAUCUUUGGCAAAAGAUGGGGUAUUGAGAUACUUCAAUCUGGCAACAGUGGACGGCUAGAGGAAUAUGCAGAUAGAUUUAAAUCUGGAGGGAGGUAUCAAAAAUGUGGUAUUCUCGAAGAUUGCAUCAUUCUUAACUUUUGCCCGAAGUCUUCUCUUGAUGCACUUAAAAUCAAAGAUAUUGAUACGCAAUCGCAUAUUCGACAUAUUGUCAUUGAUGCAAAUGAGCGUAUCGCGCAAGUAUACACAUAUGACAAGCAGCUGCAAACAACUCUGAACCUGGGCGAGGGAAGAACCAGGUCUCACUCACCCGAAGAGCAGACAGCUUCUGGGGACUUGGAUAUUUAUAUGACUCUGCGAGAUCAGAAGAUAGAAUUGGAGCAAGAGAAGAAAGAGAAGGAAGAGGCGCUAAGGAUAAUACAUCAACUGAAGCUAACGCUUGGGAAAAAAUGA